AUGGAAGACAGAGAUUAUGUUGUUCUUGUAGCAGGUGAAUAUCUUGAAUAUAAUGCGUAACCCAAACCACCGAGGUGCUUUGAUCAUGAUCAUGCAGAGAAACAACGGGUGUAACAGUGACAGAAAGGAGUAUCAAAAAUCUACUUGGCCAGGACGUUUCUCGGUUUAUUUUAAUAAUUUGUUUUAACAAAACUGUCAAUUAGGGUUUAUCGAAUUCUUAAGCCGGAGAGUCUAUUUAUGUGGCGACUUGUAAGGCUCUGACCUUUAAAACCGGAAAGAUUACGUCAAAUAACUCAAACUCGAGUAUGUGGGCGGAACACUUUAUGACAAUUGUACUUUACUUAUGGUAAAGUUUCAAACUAAUAUUGAUUGGUUAAGGAAGAACUUGAGAUUUAAGAUUUGAGUAAUGACCAUUUUGCAUUUUACUUACGCUCAGGGGAGACCAGUCCAGGCAAAAGCAGCAUGUUGAACCUAGUUCUUGGUGAAGAGCUUUUACCAUUUUCAGUUCUUAGUACAACAUCUACGAUAUGUGAAUUGAAAUAUGGAAGAGAGAAAAGGAUAAAGAUACACUAUAAGGAAGAAGGAAAGGCUCCGGAGACAAAGUAUUUUAUAGAAUCCUCGCCUCACAUAGAUCAAAUAUCAGAAUUUGUUCAUGUCAAGUCUGCAAGUUUGAGAGAAAAAGGCAUCAAGUUACAAAAAUAUGGAACUGUUUUGGCCUCACAGAUUAUUACAGGUUAGAGACUCCGACGAUCGUGCUUCAAACCAUACUUUUAUAAAUAUGAUGUAAGGUGACACCUAAAUUUCAGGAACUUUUUUGGAGUUUUAACGCCAAAUGGUGAGAAGAAUUACAUGGAGAAAAUAAACUUACUUACUCUGUUUCCACACUAGGACGGUGUUGUAAUCGUUGA